AUUGGAGCGUAAAUUAACAGGAAAGGGAUGAAGAUAAUAUUGAACUUUGGUCAUAUUCUUGUCUCAAAGUGUACUUAUUGCAGACAGCGAUGACAAAAAAAAAGAACUUUUGAGCAUGUCUUUGUUUUAGGGGAUAUUUGCAAGACAGUUAUGUAGCUAUCUGAUAUCCCUAACCCCACUAGCUAGACUAAUCCGGAUUUGCGCCAGCUAGUUGCACUAAGGGGGUAAAAUGCUAUGUACCAAGAAGUUCACCUUUCUCCAUUGCGUUGAGUCUAUACAUCGUUCUUUCUGGCAAGUUUAUCGAAUCUGUUAUAUAUGAACCGGUGCUUAUUCCGAUACCUUCCUUUCAUUGUUAAACUUUGGUAUAUAUGUAGCUUUCCCUAACUAAACCAACCACCAUGUUUUGAAUAUACACACUCUCAUGUGAGAAGGGGAGCCUUGGAAUAACCGGAAAAAUUGUUGCCAUGUGACUAGGAGGUCACGGGUUCAACCAUUGAAAAUAGCCUCUCACAGAAAUGCAAGGUAACACUAGUACAAUAGACCCUUGUGAUCGGUGCUUCCAUGGACCCUGCUGCAUAGCAGAAGCUCAAGUGCAGUAUGACUCUCACUUUUCCGAAUGGUAAUUUCAGGAUGAAGAUGGCGGCUGGCUCGUUUUACAUACCACGAUCUGACAAAGCGCCUCUUGGGGAAGAUGCACAUUUUAUUUGCGGAGAGGAAGAAACCAUAGGUGUAGCAGAUGGCGUCGGUAGUUGGGCAAGAAAGGGUAUCGAUCCUGGAGAGUAUUCGAGACAGUUGGUUAGAAAUGCUGAGCUAUCGAUACAGAAGCAGAAAGAUCAAAGGAACAAAAUUGACCCAAUGGAAGUUCUCAACGAAGCUUAUUUGAACACAAAAUGUCAAGGUUCGUCAACAGCUUGUAUUUUGACUUUAUCGUGUGAUACUAUACACGCGGCCAAUGUUGGAGAUAGCAGGUUUGUUGUUAUAAGAGACGGGGUCAUAGUUUACAAAUCGGAAAUUCAGCAAAGAGGGUUCAAUUAUCCCUUUCAGUUAGGGAAUGGUGUUGAAUUAGAUGAUCCAAGUGUGGCACAAGAAAUUAAUGCUACAGUAAGAAUAGGGGAUGUGAUAGUGAUGGCUACAGAUGGACUGUUCGAUAAUGUUCGCAACCAUGAGUUGGAGAAAUUAGUACACGACGGGGUAGGGGAUUUGCACAAACUGGAAACGUUUUCGAAGAUGUUAGCACAGAAGAUUGCAGAAUAUGCCCUGCAGAAAUCAGAAAGUAAAACUGUAUAUACACCUUAUGCUGAAGAGUGCUCCAAAGCUCAGAUAUAUCGUCCUGGUGGCAAGCGUGAUGACAUUACAGUGAUAGUUGCGCAGAUUUUGCCCCGAUAGUUCUGUUUUUAGGGGUUUAAGGUUUAGGAUUUCUUGUUUGUGCUAAUUGGUGAUGUAAAAUGAGCUAGGAUGAAAUUUCUUGUACUUAUUGAUGCUCAUUAUCUUCUUGACUCCUCUUUCAUUUCUAUAUGAGUUUAAAUUUUUUUUA